GUGUGACUGGUACAGGAUCUCUCCUGCUGACAUGUUUUAAUGUCUCUGAAGCCACACAGACAGAUGAGAGGAGCAGCUAUGAGUUUAACUGCAGCAACGAGUGGAUUUGUUGUCUUCCUUCUCUUUGUGUCAGUGGUACAGAGUCAGAAUGACUGGGGAGUGACGUACACUUCUACUAAGAUCUGUGCCUUCAAAGGAUCAACAGUGGAAAUAUACUGCACCCUCACAUACCCAUCCAGAAUAAAUGACCACAAAACUACAGUUGAGGAAACAUUCUGGUUUAUAAAAGAGAGUAAUUAUGAUUAUGUGGAUCUAAGAACGGACCCGACCUAUUCAGGUCGUGUGGAGUAUAACUGUGAUAUGAACUACUGCACUCUGAGAAUCACAGACCUGAGAGAGAGUGACUCAGCUGAGUACAAGUUCAGGUUCAUAACAAACCAACCAGGUGGGAAAUAUACUGGUUCACCUGGAGUCACUCUGUCUGUCACAGAUCUCCAGGUGCAGGUGAGCAGAUUACGGGGGUCUACUAAUUGGACAGAGCUGAAGUGUCACAGCAGUUGUCUUCCACCUGGUCAUCAUUACUACGUCUGGUACAAGAAUGGACAGAACAUUUGGGGACAAACAUCUAAUUCUUAUUCAGCCUACUUUGAUCCUGCAGACAGUUUUUCCUGUGCUGUAGGAGGAUAUGAGAAGUCCCGCUCUCCUUCAGUGUAUGCUCCAAAGCUUCCCUCUGUGUCAGUGAGUCCCUCUGGUGAGAUAGUGGAGGGCAGUUCAGUGACUCUGACCUGCAGCAGUGAUGCUAACCCAGCAGCUAAAUACACCUGGUACAAGAAGAAAAAAACACUGCUCAGUAAAGAACCACAGCUUGUCUUCAGCUCCAUCCAGUCCUCUGACUCUGGAGAGUAUUACUGUGCAGUCAAGAAUGAAGGAAGAAAGACAUCUGGAUUAGUCUCUAUUAAUGUGAAAUAUGCUCCAAAGCUUCCCUCUGUGUCAGUGAGUCCCUCUGCUGAGAUAGUGGAGGGCAGUUCAGUGACUCUGACCUGCAGCAGUGAUGCUAACCCAGCAGCUAAUUAUACCUGGUACAAGGAGAAUGAAGACUCACCAAAAGCAUCAGGACAGAACUUCACCAUCACUGACUUCAGAGCUGAACACAGUGGGAAUUAUUACUGUGAAGCCCAGAACAGAAGAGGACGUCAUAACUCCACCUUACAUCUGAUUGUUGUGGCAGAUGCUCCAAAGCUUCCCUCUGUGUCAGUGAGUCCCUCUGGUGAGAUAGUGGAGGGCAGUUCAGUGACUCUGACCUGCAGCAGUGAUGCUAACCCAGCAGCUAAAUACACCUGGUACAAGAAGAAAAAAACACUGCUCAGUAAAGAACCACAGCUUGUCUUCAGCUCCAUCCAGUCCUCUGACUCUGGAGAGUAUUACUGUGCAGUCAAGAAUGAAGGAAGAAAGACAUCUGGAUUAGUCUCUAUUAAUGUGAAAUAUGCUCCAAAGCUUCCCUCUGUGUCAGUGAGUCCCUCUGCUGAGAUAGUGGAGGGCAGUUCAGUGACUCUGACCUGCAGCAGUGAUGCUAACCCAGCAGCUAAUUAUACCUGGUACAAGGAGAAUGAAGACUCACCAAAAGCAUCAGGACAGAACUUCACCAUCACUGACUUCAGAGCUGAACACAGUGGGAAUUAUUACUGUGAAGCCCAGAACAGAAGAGGACGUCAUAACUCCACCUUACAUCUGAUUGUUGUGGCAGGAGCAGGGAAAAUAACAGUUGCUACAACAAUCACUGUUGUUCUCCUGGUUAUCAUUUCCCUCUGUCUCUUCCUGUGGAUCAGGAAAAAGAGGGCUUCCAAGGAAUCGUCUGAGCCUGAAGAGAGACCAGACAACAGGGAACAGUUUCUACCUGAACAGCCAGAGGAGCAGGAUAACCUUCAGUAUGCCAGCAUUCACUUCACCAACAACCAGGCAGAUCCUCUCUACUCCAACAUCAGACCAGCUCGCUCCCUCAGACACACGGAGCAGCAAGAAGUCAUGGAGUACGCUGUUGUCACAUUUAAGAGUAAUACUGCCCCGAGAUCCAGGGGUCAGGAAACUGGAGAGGAUUCAGCUGCAUUGUACAGCACCGUCAACAAAACCUAAUGAACAGACACUGCAUUUUUGAUAUUUCUAUGAGCAGUGGAUAAGACACAUCCCACCAAUGUGUCCCUGAGCAAGACACUUAACCCCUAGUUGCUCCAGAGGCGUGUGACCUCUGACAUAUUUAGCAGUUGUAAGUUGCUUUGGAUAAAAGCGUCAGCUAAAUGAGUAAAUGUAACCAGUGUUCAGCUUAGAUUUUUACUCUGCAUGUGCAGCUUUAAAGAAUGUGUAAAGUAUUUUAUGACUUAAAGCAUUAACUUGAAUAUUAUGUGUGUAACAUGUUUUUUACAGUCUUUGAAAGUUCAGCAUUCAGUGACCUUUUAUCUCUGCUCUCUAACAACUCUCCUUCCUGCCAAACCUCUUCCUGGAGACACCAAAAUGUACCUGAAGUAACUGUUAGUGCACCAGAGGAAGUUAAGCCUCUCAGACCUAGGAGCUACUUUCAGAGCUAAACUUGUUUGUUUGAGUCUUACAGUUAGGACUUAAACACCCCUUAUUUUUUGAUGGAGUUUCAUAAAACUCAGCUAGUUAGGAGCUACAUGUUUUGUGAGUGUGACUCUACUGUUAGUUCAGGAGUAGUAGUUACAGUGAUAUCCAACAUCAGUAAGUCAAAAUAAAAGUAAAGAGGUGCAUUAAUAACAGAGUAAAAGUAAGGCUGAGGCUGCUCCACAGUGUCUGUAAGUAAGUGAGGGAGUUUUGCAUAAAUACCUUCACAAUUCUCUUAUCUCAGCUAAUGUAUAUAUAGUCUAUGCAGUUUUUUGAUUGGCUUCCUUCUAAUUUCCUUCCUUUUCUAUUUGUAAUUAUUUCAGUCAAAUAGUGUUGGUGUUUGUUACCUCUUAGCCAGCAGUCUCUUGUGAUGCUGUAACAUGUCACUUCCUCCCAGAGAUCAAUAAAGCUGAAGAUGAAACUA